CUUCCUCCUCUUCCUCUCCUUUAUGAGCGAAUGUAUGAAACUUGCAGGGCUGGAUCCGGCGCCGGAGCUCGCCUUUUUGCUGCCUGUCCUGCCCUCCCCAAAUCCUCCUCCUCCUCCUCCUCCCCACAUUUUCUGGUAAAGGACAAUUUUGCAAAAGGGAGGAGGAGGGCAAGGGGGAAAAAGAGGUCACUAUCACAUGACAAAGGCUUGGAAACAGCUAAAUUUUCCUCUGCCUGCCUGCAAUUUCCAUUUGCCUUCCUGGGUCACAGUAAUGAAAGGCAGCAGUAGAAAUAAAGACCAUUCAACAGACGGCGAGGGGACAGGAAAACGACCAAAGAGAAAGUGUCUUCAGUGGCAUCCACUACUUGCGAAGAAGAUUAUUGAUUUUUCUGAAGAGGAGGAGGAAGACGAGGACGAAGAAGAUAUUGAUAAGGUCCAUCUUCUUAGCACUGAUAGUCUUGAGCACGAUGCAGAUGAAACAGAAGAUGAAGACUCUUCAGAACAGCGAGCUCGCAGGCCAAUGAAUGCAUUCCUUCUCUUCUGCAAACGCCAUCGCUCCCUUGUGCGGCAAGAACACCCCCGUCUGGACAACCGUGGUGCUACCAAGAUACUGGCAGACUGGUGGUCUGUUCUAGACCCUAAAGAAAAGCAGAAAUACACAGACAUGGCCAAGGAGUACAAGGAUGCAUUUAUGAAAGCAAACCCUGGCUACAAGUGGUGCCCACCUACAAGUAAACCUGUGAAAACUCAGCCAUCCACUGUUACUAACCGGAAAAAGCUGUGGGCAUUCCCAUCAGAGUCUGCAAAAGAUUUGCCAAGUCCUAAAAAGUUGGUAAAAACAGAAGAAAUGCCUCAGCUGAACUUUGCAAUGGCAGAUCCUACACAAAUGGGAGGCCUCAGUAUGCUACUGUUAGCAGGAGAACAUGCCUUGACUGCACAAGAAGUUUCUUCAAGUACCUGCUGCUCUGAUGCAUCUAAUUCUACUGAAGGAUGUAUAAAGUCUCCAUUGUUUCAAUUUGCAGAGAUUUCCUCUAGCCCAUCCCAACCAGAUGCCCCUGCAGAUUCAAAAGAAAGCAAUGAAUCAGCUCUCUUUCAUAUUUCAGAGUUGGGGAGUCCUGAACAUAUGAAGCACUGCAGGAAGUCUGCGCUCUUCCAGUUGGCUGAGAUUUCAUCAAGUACAUCCCAUUCAGGUCCUCCUGAAUUAACAAAGCCAUGUGGGACAUCAGCAUUGUUUCAGUUGGCAGAGAUGUGCCUUGCAUCUGAGGAAGUAAAAGUGAGGGAACCUGGGAAAGCAAAACUAGAAACAUCCAAGAUCAUCAAAGCUGUUGAAUCACCUGAGCAGGUAAAAGUUGAGGAAUUUGAAAAGGUCAAAGUAAAAAUCGAAAAAUCUCCGAAGACAAAGGGUCAUGAACACGUAAAGACUGGAGAGUUGGAAGAGAAUGCAAGAUGCUGCCUGGCUGCAGAUCCUGGACUGGACAGCACAAUGCUAGUUGGACCUGACAGCACAACUGCAAAGGACUCUGCCUACUGUUCCCAAGAGUUGGCAUUAGCCACUAUCAGCACCUUAGGAUUAAGUAAGCCAGAAAAGCUAAAAAAGAAAAAGAAAAAAAAUAAACUCGACCGGCAAGCACUUGAAAAAUGUACCCCUAAGAAAGCUUGCAAAAAAAGACAGUCUUCUGAAUCGGACAUUGAGAGUGUCAUUUAUACUAUUGAAGCAGUUGCAAAAGGAGAUUGGGGAGCAGAGAGCCUCAUAGAAGUGCCCUGCAAGAAAAUCCGCCCUUCUUCAACAAUAAAGGGCAACAUCUUGGACACAAAAUCACCAAAGAGAAAAGUGAAGUCAAAAGAGAAGAAAGCAUUGAAGGAAAAAUGUAUAGAGACUGCCAAAGAUUCAAAGCCUCCUGAUGCUGUUAAUGUUAUAGAAAACAAGGAGAUGACAUGUGAGGCACCUGACAACAUCAAAUUGGAACCACUAACUCCAACCGAGGACGUGAUACCAUCAAGCUUACCAGAGCAGGUCAAAAUUGAAGACAGUGACUGUAACAAAAAGGCAGAGACCUGUGGCUCCCGAAAAUCAGAAAGAGCUUGCAAGGGUGCUCUGUAUAAAACUCUGGUAUCAGAGGGCAUGCUUACAUCCCUGCGUGCCAAUGUUGAUAGAGGGAAACGAAGCUCAGGAAAAAGUGGAAACUCUGAUCAUGAAGGAUGCUGGACUGAAGAAAACUGGGCAUUUUUCCCAGUGGGGACAAGUGGGAACAAAAAGCUUAAAAAACCUAAGCCAAAGGAAGAAAUAGUUUUGGGCUUAGCAAAGUUGGAAGAAGAAUUUGAGAAAAAGUUCAACAGCCUCCCGCAAUUCAGUCCUGUCACAUUUGACCGGAAGAGUGUAUCUGUACCAAGAAAAAAGAAAAAGGUUGGGAACUACUCAGCAGACCAACCAAAAUCUAACAAAGGGUCUGCAGCAACACAAGAACCUUUGGUUGGCAGCCAGAAGAGGAAAGCAAGGAAAACCAAGAUCACACAUCUAGUCCGGACUGCAGAUGGUCGGGUCUCACCAGCAGGUGAGGUUUUGGAAGAGAAACCAGAGGAGCAGCUGCAGAGUAGCCUUCAGAAAAUAAAGACAGAGAUUGACUGCAGUGAAGAAUCUUCGCAAAAUGCGGAAUUGGAAGGAGGUCAUAGUAUUACAUCAGACAUGCCAUCUGUAUCUGCAUUCUUUAGCCUAGCUGCUCUGGCAGAGGUGGCAGCAAUGGAAAAUGUGCACAGAAAUCAGAGGACGGCACCUCUCCCAUGUGAUGGACAGCCAAAAGAAAUGUCUCAGGCUCCAGUGCUUAUUUCCUGCGCUGACCAGUGAAGCUCUACCCUAUUGUAAAACAUUGUGCUUUUCCUAAUAUCCUAGCCUUGUCUUUACCAAUGGAUGCUAGUCAGUCCAUGUAAUGGAGGAAUCGGUAGACUGGAAAUGAGUGGUUCGUGUUCAGUGUGGCACAGAUUCACUGAUACCUUGGGAUGGUCCCCUCCAAUUUGGGACCCAGAAUCUACUCGUAACUGUGAUGUUAUUUCUCUGUUAAGGGACAGAAAUGAAAAGAUCGUGGAGCUUGGUUUUCUAUUGAAGGUUUUUAAAAGUGGUAAACAUAUAGUUACAUGGAGGGGGCAGGCGUUACUGUAGCUCACACAGCAUCGGUUUUAUCAACCAGAGUUUGGAAAGUAGUUUCAUAUAAUAACUAGCUACUCUAAACAAAAAUACAAAAGAGGAGGUGGGGAGGGAAGAGAAAACUGAUGCACUGCACUAGUUACUAGAUAUUCUUAGUCCUUUUUGUACAUGAAGAUUUAAGUUCUGAGAUGGUUUAUAUAAUAGGUUAUGCCUGCAUUUAUAUUUUAGAGUGAAUUUUAAGGACCUGUUUGGAGAAUCCAAGAAAGCGUGGGCAUGUGUACUAUUGUUAGCAGUGUACGUACUGUCGUAUGGCCCAGGAGUUCUGCACUUUUUUGUAUUUGCCACAAUGGAGGGAGG